AUGGUAGGAUUGUUGUUCGCCAAGUGCCCUACACCAAUUUUGAGUUUGAUUUCAUAUUGGAGAGAAGAUGUUGCGGUGUGUCGUACAGAGGCUGGUCUCCUUGAGUGUAUGAGCACUUUAUCAUGUUCAGCUUGCCAAUUACCCAUAAGAGUGGGUGUUCCUAUGAGUUGGGUUUGCACUCACAGGAUGGAGUUUGACAUACAGUUCAAGCCAAGGCCUGCAGAAAAAGGCCAGGCCGUUGCCGACUUCAUCUCCGAGCUCACACCUCCUGCUUUAUCGGAACCAUCAUCGCCGAGCGUCGUCCCUACCGCACCAGAGAAAAUGGAUACCGAACGUUUUGACACUUCUGUUCCUCUCUGGAUCCUGCACGUGGACGGCUCGGCAAACCAGCAAGGCUGUGGUGCCGGCUUAGUGUUAACCACUCCGGACGGUAGCAAAAUCGAGUACGCCCUCCGAUUCAACUUCCGAACCUCCAAUAACGAGGCAGAAUAUGAGGCCCUCCUGGCUGGCCUUCGGCUAGCCCAGAGCAUGAGCGCGAGGCAGAUCAGCAUUCACAGCGACUCCCAGCUCAUAGUAAAUCAGAUAACGGCAGACUUCGCAGCAAAGGAUGCCUCCAUGUCAGCCUACCUAUCGGCAGCCCACCAACUACUACAAAAAUUCCAGGCCUACGAGAUACGGCAGAUCCCCAGGUCGGAAAAUAGCCAUGCCGACGCGCUCUCACGAUUGGCCUCGGCCAUAAAUGACAAGAUCGGAAGGAAGGUACCGGUGGAGAUAUUAUCCCAACCGAGUACAACCGCCGCUGAGGUAUGUACCGUUCGGUACGAAGACACAUGGAUGUCUCCAAUCUAUGCCUACCUGACAGCCGGAACCCUUCCUACCGAUAAGUCCCAAGCUCGGAAACUUCGCUACCGAUCGGCAAGAUACACAGUCAUCAACGAUGUUCUGUACAAACGGGGCUACACGACGCCGUAUUUAAAAUGUCUGACCAAGGAGCAGGGGGACUACAUCCUUCGGGAGGUCCACAGCGGAAUCUGCGGUGACCAUUCUGGAUCCCGAUCGCUCGCACACAAGGUCUUCCGGCAGGGUUAUUUCUGGCCGACUCUGCACCAGGAUGCGAACACACUAGUCAAGAGGUGUGACAAAUGCCAGCGGUUCGGUAGUGUCCCUCAUAUUCCUGCCGAGCCGCUGUCACCGAUCGUGAGCCCAUGGCCGUUCGCCCAGUGGGGACUAGAUCUAAUUGGUCCGAUGCCAGAGGGCAAGGGUCAGGUCAAAUACGCUGUUGUUGCCGUAGACUACUUUACCAAAUGGGUAGAAGCCAAAGCCCUAGCGACAAUAACGGCAGCCAGAGUCGAGGAUUUCGUCUGGACGAAUAUUUGCUGCCGAUUCGGCAUCCCCUACGCCAUCGUCACGGAUAACGGCAGGCAGUUUGAUUCGGAAGUCUUUAGGGAAUUCUGCACCCGACUCAAGAUCAACCUGUUCUUUGCUUCGCCAGCACACCCCCAAUCGAACGGACAGGUCGAAGCCAUGAACAAAAUUGUCAAGAAGCUGUUGAAACGGCAGCUUGACAAAGCCAAAGGAGCCUGGCCGGAAAAGCUUCCGGAAGCGCUAUGGGCCAUCCGGACAUCCUACCGAACGGCAACUGGGGAAACACCAUUCUCUAUGGCUUUCGGUUCAGAGGCAGUAGUCCCAGUAGAAAUUGGAGAGCCCUCCUACCGAACGGAAACCUUCGCACCGAAGGCAAAUGAGGAAGCACUCGCUUUGAGCCUCGACCUGCUCGAAGAACGCCGAGCACAAGCCAACCUUCGGAACGAAGCUUACAAGCAACGCGUCUCUCGGUACUAUGACUCCAGGGUCAGAUCCCGCUCUUUCCGAAUCGGAGAUUGGGUCAUGCGGAAAGUCUCUUUGGCAACCAAGAAUCCCACGGAAGGAACCCUCGGACCUUCCUGGGAGGGACCCUACGAAAUCAUCGGUAUCCAGCGAUCGGGGACUUAUCGACUCAGAGACUCCAACGGAAAGACCCUCGGUCAUCCUUGGAACGUAGAGCAUUUGAAGUACUAUUUCAAAUGA